ACAUCUCACCAAACGUUACAUCAGACAGAGAAGAAGAACCUGGGCUAAAGCAUAUCAAUUUCCUAGCAUAAUCCAGUGUUAUCAUGCUGCGAAUCCGAAAUUGCCAUCGUCUUAUACCUUUUGGUGCAAGAUCAUGUCGUCGUACAUUCUUUGGUCCUCCAACAAAAUGGGAUCCACUUUCCGUGACCGGUUCUUUGGUCAGAGACAUGGAACGCAACAUCACGCGCAUGGAACGUGAAAUGGAUCGAUUUUGGGGCGGGCAACGAUCCGGAUCUCUACCUUCCUUUACUCUUGUUCCGCCAGUUCAACACCUAUCUCAGGAUGAUGGCAAAUACAGAUUGCAAUUGGACCUCCAUGGAUUCAAACCCGAAGACGUCAAGAUCAAUCUACAAGAGCGAAGCCUGCAAAUCGAAGCCAAAUUGGAGCAGAAAGACGAGGAUGGAUCUCGGCAUUAUCAAGAGAUCACACGAUGCUAUACAAUCCCGGAGAAUGUAGACAUUGACCACCUGAAAUCGGUUCUCAAAGCGGAUGGGAUCUUGAGCAUUGAGGCACCCUUGAAAGCCAAUGAGCCGCCCAAAGACGAGAACCAUGAAAUACCCAUUCAACGACAAAACAAUACUAUUAAAGAAGAAUAGAGAAGAGAAGACCCAAAUUUCCCACCUCUCUUACGAUGGAAAUCAUUUGUCAGAUGUCCUUGCUUGAUGCAAAUAAAACUUUGUGAUUUUUUUUAAGAUA